AUGAACAACCAUCAAGCGGCUCAGAAUAAACAAGCGGUAAUUUUUAAUCCGGUCGUUGACUACGAACUAGUGCUGUCGCUAUUUCUGGAAGAAUUUAACGGGCGUUGGAGCAAUGUGCAACCCUCACCGGAGACCGGACUCGAGGGCUAUGAAGAAAUAACCAUACUCGGCUCGGGCUCAUUCGGCCAGGUGGCAUUGUGCAAGGAUAAGUCGACGGGCGAUUACUAUGCAGCGAAACUUAUGCUGAAAGAGAAGAUCGUGAAGAUGAAGCAGGUGACACAUGUGCAUAAUGAGAAACGGGUGCUGGCCUGCAUCAAAUUUCCCUUCCUCAUUUGGCUAGAGUUCUCACGCAAGGACUACGAUCUGCUCUACUUGGGACUGCCAUUCGUCAAUGGCGGCGAAUUGUUCACAUAUCAUCGCAAAAUGCGCAAGUUCAAUGAGAAGCACGCCCGCUUCUACGCUGCUCAAGUGUUUCUCGCUUUGGAGUAUUUGCAUUUCCUGCACCUCAUCUACCGUGACCUGAAGCCCGAGAACGUAAUGAUCGAUAAGAAUGGUUACAUCAAAAUAACGGACUUUGGAUUUGUUAAGAAAGUCGAGACCCGCACUAUGACGCUGUGCGGCACGCCCGAGUACCUUGCGCCCGAGGUCAUUCAGUCGCGACCGUAUGGCUCGUGCGUGGACUGGUGGUCCUUUGGUGUGUUCAUUUACGAAAUGGUCAAUGGUUCGUCACCCUUCUCACCCUUUAAUCGCGACAUAAUGGUUAUGUAUGGCAAGAUUUGUGAAGGCGAGUACAAAAUGCCGCAGGGCUUCAGCUCCGAACUGAAAGACUUGGUUGAAAAUUUGCUGCAAGUCGAAUUGUCGAAGAGAUUUGGCAGCUUAAUCAAUGGCAAUAAAGACAUUAAGAACCACGAUUGGUUCAAGUCCAUCGAUUGGUUUGCGAUACUCAACCAGGAAAUGCCGGCUCCCUACGUGCCACAGAUUGGUCAUGCCGAAGACUUGUCCAAUUUUGAUAAGUAUCCGGAGUUUAAGCGUGGACCGAAGUCGAAAACUUGUCGUUAUUGCGAGGCUUUUGCUGAAUUUUAA